GCGCGCUGCGGCCCCGCGCCGGGCCGGUCGCUGCAGCUUUAAGCGGGAUCGCGGCCUGGCGGGUCCGACCACCCCCCCGCCGCCCCGAGGCAGCUGCCGGGCCCCCCUCUACGUCCCUCCCGUCCCCGCACCCGCCUCCUUCCCCCUGUCCCGCAGCCGCAGGGCCGGCCCCCUCCCUGCGGCGCCCCCCGGAGGCGGGGGAAGGCUGAGAGGGAGCGACCCCCGCGCUGGGGGGGGCGCGACAUGGCGGAGGCCAAGGAGGAGGGGCCCGGCCCCCGCGGCAGGGUGUUGAGGCAUUUCAUUCUGAAGAGCCUUGUAAUAAUAUCUGCAACGAAGGUGGAACAUCUAAUUGAGCUGCCUAUUGUGAGAACCACUUCUUCGGAGGAGAAGAAACAAUAGAAGCCGACCAGGGCGACACCUACAAGUGGGACUGGAAUUGUAGCCACCUGAAAGAGAGAAAUGACAGUUUCUAUAAGAAUGGGAGAGGAGAGAAUUGUAGAACUGCACAGGAAUGUGGAAGAGAAGUGGAACAGGCAAAAAGGAAGCCUGUGUUAAGAAGGUGCUUUGAAUAAAGUAGAGCACACAGUUGCUUUUCUCUCUUCAAGGACAGAAAUACUGAAAGAGCGAGAACUGGAUAUACAUCCAGGCUCUCCAGUUUUCGCCAUCAAUUGUUGUUGUUGGCACCGAACUCUUACGAGGAGGGAAAAGGCUUGCAGUACCUAAUGGUAGAGGAGAUGAUUCACCCGUGUGGGCCUGUUAACAUGUAAACCGCACUGCGAAGGAUCAACAAGCAGAAGGUACUCUGGAUCUCCAAAGAGUCAAAGAACUGCUUUGAUAUAAACGUACUUCUGGAAAAGGAUGAUCUAAUGUUUCAUCUCAGCUGAAGACUCUCACCCUGCCUGCAAACUCUCUGAGACUGUUGGAGAAGAAAGAGCAUUACUGACAGGAAGCAAAAAAGGACGAAGGGAGUUUGAAGAUAAAUCUGAUGCGGUAUUUGAUAUUACAGAAAAAUGUGGUGAAAUCCUGGACGCAGAAAUGUCUGAGGACACUGACCACAACUUAGCACCUGCCCUUGACAGCAUAACGUAUGGAAUACAGAAUCGAACAGGAUCUGAGAACUCACUGCUGGAUGAUGAUGAUUAUUUCCUGAACUCUGGGGAUCUUGCAGGCAUCCCUGUUGUUGGGAGUGACAACGACGAUGAUCAGAAUUUCACUCCAAAAGACACUCUUUCUUCAGCUAUUCACAAUGAAGGCCAUCUGGAAGAAGGCAAGAGAGUUACAGAGCAGGAAUUGGACAGUGAAAAAGAAAUUCCCAUUCAAAACACAAUCCAAAAGGAUCUCACGUCACCAUUUGAGCAGGGCCCUGUAUUUAAAAUGACUCGAAAAGAUUUUAGCAUAACAAGAGAUAACGGCAAAGAGACUUUUUCAGCAAAGGACAAGAAUAGAGAAGGACAUUUUCAAGAACGUGAAAAACGAUUGGAAAAAAUCCCUAAAGAUAUGGAUUCUAGAUUGAAAAGCAGUUUUCUUGACAAAGCAGUUCAUAAUCAAGUAGAAGAAACAUUACGGACGCAGUUAGCACCACAAACUCCAGAAACUAACUUCAGGGAGUCUAGCUACCUAUUUUCUAGUAAGGAAUCUAUUGGACAAGAGCUGGGGAAUUCCUUUGCACCAAAUAUUAGAAUUAAGGAGGAGCCUUUGGAUGACGAAUAUGAUAAAGCUAUGGCCCCACAGCAGGGACUAUUAGACAAAAUUAAAGAUGAACCUGAUAAUUCCAAGGAGUACGGCCAACAGCCAAAAUCUCAGGAAGGGGAGCUGAAAAUCAGUGCUGUAUUUUCAGUCAGUGGCAGUCCUCUUGCUCCACAGCUGUCAUCAGGUUUCCAGCCUGCUGUGGCAUCCUCUGGCAUGAGUAAAAUGCUUCCUUCAGUUCCAGCCACAGCUGUUCAGGUUUCCUGUUCUGGCUGUAAAAAAAUCCUGCAGAAGGGGCAAACCGCGUACCAGAGGAAAGGCUCUACCCAGCUCUUCUGCUCCACACUGUGCCUCACUGGAUACACUGUUCCAGCCUCUCGCCCACCAGCUUCUACCAAGAAAACCUGCUCAAGCUGCUCAAAAGACAUACUAAAUCCAAAGGACGUAAUCACUGCCCAGUUUGACAAUACGAACUCCAGUAAGGAUUUCUGCAGCCAGUAUUGUCUUUCUACUUAUGAACUGAAAAGGAAACCUGUUGUUGCUAUUCACACUAACAGCAUUUCCACCAAGUGCAGCAUGUGCCAGAAGAACGCAGUGAUUAGACACGAAGUGAAUUACCAGAACGUGGUACACAAGCUCUGCAGCGACGCCUGCUUCUCCAAGUUCCGCUCGGCGAACAACUUGACCAUGAACUGCUGUGAGAAUUGCGGAGGGUACUGCUACAGCGGCUCGGGUCAGUGCCACGUGCUUCAAAUAGAGGGGCAAUCCAAAAAGUUCUGCAGUUCAGCCUGUGUGACAGCAUACAAGCAGAAGUCGGCCAAAAUUACACCCUGCACACUGUGUAAAUCCUUGAGAUCUUCAGGCGAGAUGGUGGAGAGCACAAAUAACGUGGGAAAAACUGAACUGUUUUGCUCUGUUAACUGCUUGUCAGCGUAUAGAGUGAAAAUGGUUACUGCUGCUGGUGUUCAAGUUCAGUGCAACAGCUGUAAAACUUCCACAAACCCUCAGUAUCACUUGGCUAUGUCAGACGGGAGCAUACGCAAUUUUUGCAGCUACAGUUGUGUAGCAGCUUUCCAGAAUUUGUUCAACAAGCCUGCAGGAACGAACUCCUCAGUGGUACCUCUGUCGCAAGGCCAAGUCAUCGUCAGCAUUCCCUCGGGGGCAACAGUGUCAGCCAGUGGCACCACCUCCUCUGUGUCACCCAGCAACAUGAGCAGUUCUGCCGCCGCUGGCCUGCAGAGGCUUGCUGCCCAGUCCCAACAAGUCACUUUUGCCCGUCCUGUUGUAAAACUCAGGUGUCAGAACUGUAACAGAUUGUUUGCUACCAAACCAGAGCUGCUUGACUACAAGGGUAAGAUGUUCCAGUUCUGUGGGAAGACCUGCUGUGACGAAUAUAAGAAAAGGAGCAGCGUAAUGGCAUUGUGCGAAUACUGCAGGAUUGAGAAGAUUAUCAAGGAGACAGUACGAUUCUCAGGCGUGGAUAAGACGUUCUGUAGUGAAGGUUGUAAGCUGCUCUAUAAACAUGACUUGGCAAAGCGCUGGGGAAACUACUGUAAGAUGUGCAGCUACUGUUUACAGGCUUCCCCUAGACUGGUCCAAAAUCACUUUGGCGGGAAAACGGAGGAAUUCUGCUCUGAGGAAUGCAUGUCUAAAUUCACGGUUUUGUUUUACCAGAUGGCCAAGUGUGAUGGUUGUAAGAGACAAGGUAAACUCAGCGAGUCCAUGAAGUGGCAAGGGGAGAUCAAGCAUUUCUGCAAUCUGCUUUGUAUUCUGUUGUUCUGUAAACAACAAAGUGUUUCUGACCCUCCACCCCCGAACAACACAGCAAACUCCUCCAUGGCACCAGCAUCCUCGUCGGGCCCCCCUUCUUUGAGAAAGGACUCAACCCCUGUCAUAGCAAACGUGGUGUCCCUCGCAAGCACCCCUGCUGCCCAGCCUACGGUUAACUCCAACAAUGUUUUACAGGGUGCAGUCCCUACUGUGACAGCAAAAAUAAUAGGAGACGCCAGUACUCAGACAGAUGCCCUAAAGCUGCCACCAUCACAACCACCUCGGCUUCUGAAAAACAAAGCAUUAUUGUGCAAGCCCAUCACACAGACCAAGGCCACCUCGUGCAAACCUCACACACAAAACAAAGAAUGCCAGACAGAAGAAGAAGAAGGAGAAGUUCAGCCCCGGAUCGUUGUGGUACCUGUUCCUGUACCAGUGUUUGUGCCAGUGCCCCUUCACCUCUACACUCAGUACACACCAGUUCCACUUGGGGUGCCAGUACCUGUACCAGUUCCCAUGCUCUUCCCAACUACCCUGGAUAAUGCUGAUAAGAUUAUUGAAACUAUUCAGGAUAUCAAGGAAAAGAUUCCCACAAAUCCGUUUGAAGCCGAUCUCAUUCAGAUGGCAGAAAUGAUUGCAGAAGAUGAGGAGAAAGAAAAAACACACUCUCAUGGUGGAUCUCAAACGUCUGAUCAUGAGCUCUUCCUGGACCCCAAGAUAUUUGAGAAAGACCAGGGCAGCACCUACAGUGGAGAUCUGGAAUCAGAAGCAGUGUCCACUCCACACAGCUGGGAGGAUGAGUUAAAUCACUAUGCCUUACGAUCAAAUGCCCUGCCGGAACCGGAUCCAGAAGUGAAACAGUUUUCCAAAGGUGAUGUGGAACAGGACCUGGAGGCAGAUUUUCCAUCAGACUCGUUUGACCCUCUCAGUAAAGGACUGGGUUUGCAGUCACGUUCGCGAGCAAGACGGAGACAUAGAGAUGGCUUCCCGCAGCCAAAAAGACGGGGACGGAAGAAGUCAGUGGUUUCCGUAGAGCCCCGGAAUCUGAUGCAGGCCUCCUACCCGGGAUGCUCUGUUUCUGGCAUGACCCUGAAGUACAUGUAUGGGGUAAACGCCUGGAAAAACUGGGUCCAAUGGAAAAAUGCACAGGAGGAACAAGGGGACCUGAAACUUUCAGUUCGUCCUGUGAAACUCAAGGAGGACAUUCUCUCGUGCACUUUUGCUGAGCUGAGUUUUGGCUUGUGCCAGUUUAUUCAAGAGGUGCGGAGACCAAAUGGAGAAAAAUAUGAUCCUGACAGCAUCUUAUACUUGUGCCUUGGAAUUCAGCAGUACCUGUUUGAGAAUGGUAGAAUAGAUAACAUUUUUACCGAGCCCUAUUCCAGGUUUAUGAUUGAACUUACAAAACUUUUGAAAAUCUGGGAACCUACAAUUCUUCCAAAUGGUUAUAUGUUCUCAAGAAUUGAAGAGGAGCACUUGUGGGAAUGUAAACAGCUGGGUGCAUAUUCCCCUAUCGUUUUGUUGAACACACUUCUAUUCUUCAACACCAAAUACUUCCAACUAAAGAAUGUCAGUGAGCACCUGAAACUCUCCUUUGCCCGUGUUAUGAGGCGCACCCGAACUCUGAAGUAUAAUACUAAGAUGACUUAUUUACGUUUUUUCCCACCCUUUCAAAAACAAGAGGUAGAAUCUGAUAAAUUAUCUGUAGGCAAAAGGAAACGCAGUGAAGAUGAGGAGGUUCCAACAGCAGUGGAAAUGGCUGAAAAUACAGAUAAUCCUCUGCGAUGUCCAGUCCGACUUUACGAAUUUUACUUAUCAAAAUGCUCUGAAAGCGUGAAGCAGAGAAGCGAUGUGUUUUACCUUCAGCCCGAGCGCUCCUGUGUGCCCAAUAGCCCCAUGUGGUAUUCCACGUUGCCAAUAGACCCGGGAACCUUGGACAUCAUGUUAACGCGUAUUCUUAUGGUGAGGGAGGUACAUGAAGAACUUGCCAAAGUCAAAUCAGAGGACUCUGAUAUCGAGUUAUCAGACUAACUGAAGUGUGGGGUAUUUUCCUUUGAAUACACAUCAGAAGCACCAAACUGUGAAUACGUCCAGCCUUCGGAAAAUGUGUAUCAAGUAAGCCAAGAUAACGUCACCUACAGGCAUAUUUUGAACCACAGUGGAUGUACAAACUGGAACUGGAAGGAAGCAAGUGGCGAGAAACAACGUCCUGUGGCACCAGUAAAUCCUCUGAACAAAUCCAAGAUGAACUAACCUAUCGGAGUGGUGCAUAAAUCCUUUACCUGGUUAGGAUGUUUAAAAGUUGUGCGAUAUUUUUAAGGAAAAUGGUUGUGUAAAAUCUACCGUAGCGAUGUUGGGCAUGGAGAGCUAGACUGUGGCUCCCGUGGCUUCUCAGCCUGGUGGCUGGCAGUCCUUGCUGCCAAAGAACACGUGGAGGUCCUGGAGCUCUUCACAGGGAUGGGAGAGAAACUGGUGAUACGUAGGCAAACAGACACUUUCCGUUACAAAUAGACGUACACAUAUGCUUUUAUAAUUUCUUUGAAACUGGGAUCAAAUGUUAGGAAGGCAAGAGCCGCUGGCGCAUCUGCCGGGGAAGCUCUCUCAGCAGACGGCCGUCUGGCUGCUGUUAGACGGUCACACGAUGCCAGAAUCUAGCUCUCGGUCCAGGCCGAUACCAACUCUAGCGCUGUCCGGUCUUCAACGUGGAAGAGGUGCUGUAGGUCAGAGUGAACGUGUUACGGGACAGACGUGUCUGGGGUAUGUACAGGAGAGCGACUGUCUGGGUUAUGUGCAGAACAUCCCUCACCGAGCCCCGUAGCUCUGCAGUCUGUCGAUAUAUUCUAGCAAAUACUGUGGUGCGCGGAGGUUAUUUUUCCCUUAAGGCAGCUUUCCUUUCUCCUCUUCCCCUACUCCUUUUGGUUUGGUUAUUUUAUAAGGCAAAUCUGGAGGGCCUUGUCAUUUCAAACGAGAGAUAACAUGCACUCUUUCCACCUUUGCAACGCGUGCGGUGUUGUACAAAGGAUGCAGUAUUACUUUUGACAACGGAACUGUGGUAGAAAAUGACCGUGUGUGUUUUUUUUCCCACCCCACCCAAAGAGAUUUAGUCAUAGUGUUGGAAAUCGAAAGAGAUUUUUGUAAGGCUUGGCUGUUACUGCGUCUUUGUGAAGAGAAGAGCUCCCACAUUGUGUUUAGAGGACAGGACAUGAUCAGAUACUGUCUGUAUCUCCGUUUUCUUAAGCUGUAGAUGUGUGUUUCUGAUGACCAGCGGUCACAAAUCAUUGGAAACCCAAACAAUUUUUAAAGAAAGAGAAUUGUAUGGUUUUUAUCCAGCUCUGGUCACUUAUGCAUCUUCUGUAACAGGGGUCUGAUAUUUGAUCUUGUCACUAAAAUUUCGAGAUAUGAAAAUCAACAGCCUUGAAUUAUAUUUCCUUUUUUUUUUUGUUUUGUUUUGUUUUGUUCAUUUUGGGUUUUUUUAAUUAUUUUUUUAGCAGUAACAAAAGUAAUUUAACACAAAUAAAAUCAGAAAGUAGUCUAUUGACGUUGUGCACUCGGUAGUCCUGUCCCUGCCUGUAACAGAUCUCACUGAUGUAUUUUUUAAUACAGAAAACUAUGUGAAAAGUAAACCUGCCCCUGAUUCUGUCUCAUCAAAGCCCAUCUGUGUCUGUCAUUUCUGAGCAAAGAUGCUGCUUCCUCCACGUCCUGGCCCAGCGCUCCCAGAGGAGGCAUUUUGGCCAUGAGCUGUACCUGCCGGGAAGCCACGCGGGCUCAGUGAUGCUCCCAUCGGCUAAUUUCAAGCUGCUUUCUGUCCCGUGAACGCUAACCUGUCCCUGCCCGGAGUUACAUUAACGUAGUGAAGCGGCAGAUGCGCUGGUUUGGAUUGGGAUGGUAGAACAUUUCAGGGAAAAGAAAACCACUCGGGAAAGCUGAGCGUGUGAGUUUGUAGGGGAUAAAGGAGGUUUGAGCUGUGUCUGCACCCCAGCUGCAGCGGGAGAGGAGGAGGAUCCAGGAAUUCUUGGAUCCCUUGGGUGUCUCCUGGAGGGCACAGCAGUUCUUGGCUGCCUUUGCCAGCUCCCUCUUCCCCUGGCUGCCCCGGGGCAGCGGUUGGGACAAGCUGGUGGGAGGGCAGGCUUUCCCCAGGGUAAAUACCUGCAAAAGAAACCACAUCCGAGUUUUCCCUUCAAGAAAUACUUUCCUAGAAUAGUGUUCAUAUCUCACAAGUAACGUACUUGGUUUGCUUUCUCUGAAGACCCUCCCUCUUCUCCGUGAACACUUUUGUGUAUGCUCAUUUUUUCCAGGUGCUUGGAAUCAUAGAAUCUUAGAAUCCCUAGGUUGGAAAAGACCUUUGAGAGCCUCAAGCCCAACCGUACCUGUCCUCUACUUGGCCUUUCAUGUUCUCUCAGCAAGGAAAGGUAAAUUGCUUUGAGUUUGGCUGAGAGCAGCGUUGCUAAACAUCGUGCCGACUGCUUUUACUCAGUGGCUCUGAGAUGAGAAAGCGUUUGGUGCUGUGUCUCUCGGUGAUAGAAUUUACAGAACAAGCAGGGAUAGUUUCGGUUCUUCCAGUCCAAUACCUUCUGGCAGGAAACCCUUGGGCAGCGGCGUGCGUUGUCCGGGGUGUGCCCAGGCUGUCACCCCUCGAGGAAUUUCUAGUUGCUCGUGUAGGAAAUCCUUGCAGUGCUCCUCUCCAACCACCGGCAUGGUGCUUGCUGUCAAGGCUGGAGUUUCGCUCCCAUCAGCACAACAGGUUCCCCAACUCUUUUUUCUUUCCUAUUUCACCCAUUUUAACCAUUCCUAGCAGUGGGCAAAGUGAUGAUUUGCUGUCUUUGCUUACAUCGCUGCUCGUUUGCAGUUUGUCUGCAGUAGAAGGGCUCAUCAGCCUUGCAGGAGCUCAAGAAAUAAGUUUUGAGCUAUUGAAUGGUUACCGAUCCUUUCUUUUGUGAGAGAAACUACUGAGUUUUGAGGAUGGUGGUGUGUAAUGGAGUAUGAGCACCAAAAAUCUUAAAACCCAGGGAUCGUUGGUGAUGAGAAGGUCUGGAAGAGGUUCUAGGAGCAGUGAAGCUGGCUGGGAGCAUGCUCUGCCACUUCAUGCCGCGGGUCCGAAGCCCGAGGUCGCUUGCUGAGGGUGGGUGAGAGGGGCACAGGCAUGAGCCACUGCGUCUCAUCUCCGGCAGACGGAAUGGUGGGACUGGUCCCUACGCUGUCACCUCCCUGCUGGUCUUGCUGGGCUCAGCUCCUUGAGAGAAGCCUUUUCCCAGCUGCGGAUUUGUCAGGAAGGCAGGAAUUCUGCUUUAGUUUCUCCCCUGCGAGGAAAGAGCUGGCUUGAAAUGGGGAGAUAGAGUUGUUUUACACAGCGGCGUUGCAUUUGUUAAGUCAAUUCCAGCCCUUUAUUUUUAUUUAGAAGGUGGAUUUUUUGAACUAAGAGGGGAAAUUCCUCAUUUAGUUUGGCCACCGGCAGGAACGGAUCUGCUCUAACUUCAUCCCAUGGCUCGCAUGUCAAAUCCAUAGUGCCUGGCUGAGCUGUAAGGUAUUUAAUUCAUUAAUAUUUAAGUGUCUAGGUUUCAUCAAAGCACCUCAGUUGGAUACGAUUAAGAGAAAUUAGCGCGUGUGGGUCAUAGCUGGGACAAACUUGGAGAGAACUUGGACUUCACAGCAUUUUGUUUCCUGCGUGCUGGCUCGUCUGCAAGAAUCGCAAUCUGCUUUUCUGUUUUUCAGUUUUCAGCAAUAAACACUGCUGCCGUGGAGGUCACGAGCGCUCAGGCGAUGGCACCAGGGCUAGGGCUGGUCCAGGAAGUGCUGCAAGGGUGUAGAAUGGUUUUAGGAGUCAGAAAGGCUCGAAGGAACCCGGGUGUCUUGGGUUCUUCCAGCCCCACAACAUUACAUUCGCUAAGGUAAUGGCUUUUCACCCGAGAUCUGGUUUUUAUCGAAGAAACAAAAUCUGAAAUACUUUAGAUUAUCACCUUCUUGGAGGGAAAGAAGGACUUUAUUCCAAUUAAACAGUCAGGCUAAAUAAGGCAUCAAUCACCGACUCUCGAAGUGCAUUCUGAGUGCACAAUUUCUGUGAACACAAAUCCAGAUCAACUUCCUGGUAUUCGGAUGCAGCUGCCAAAGCCACGCGAACUAUGGAUUACUGGAUUUUGUGGUUCAUAGUUGAGUAUUGGAUACGCCAACAAAGGGCGUUCCUGGGCCCUUAGGUCCAGAGCCUUGGACUUUUCCUGUAUUUAUAACACACAGAGCCAGAAUAACUGGGAAAGGUCUCUUUGACCUGCUGGGAGCCAGGCUCCUCCUUUUAAGAGAAAGGGUAUGGGUGAUAACUUGGGACUUUCUCCCCAGUUAAGCCAGUGACUCACUCUCUGGUCCAGGAUCCAUGUCCCGUCGCUCCUGGUGUACAGAUGAAGCCUCACAUUUUGUCCCUCGGCUGUACCCACCUGUAAAUUGGCCAAACCUUCCUACCUCGAUUGGGCAUUAUGAGGCGUUCGUAGGAUGCUUUGCAGCUCCGUGAUGAAAGGUGCUAUACAGCUGCAAAGCAUUCAAAAGAUUUAAAUAGGUCACCACUGCAUCAUAACCUAUAUUAAAAAUGACUUUUUCUUAUAUGAGAAUUUAUAGAGUUCGAUGUAUGGUAUUAAUAAGCGAAUUAUUGAGACCCCCCAAAAAUAGUUUUUGUUUGAUUCGUAUCUGUAUUCUGGAGAAGUGAUUAAAAACCUUUAACCUUAAUAAAAGAGUACAUCCUCAUUUCCGAUGCCGGAAUCUAGCUCUAAAAGCAGAAUCUCAGAUUUUAAGGUGGGGGAGGGCUUAAUUGUUCUUAAGCCACGUUAGAAUAGCAGCUUUGUAUCUUCACAGCAAGGCUU